AUGUCUCAAUACUAUCCUCAACAGCAGCCGCAGGGCUACGGCCCUCAAGGUUCUGCACAGAAUCUCCAGUUCUUCCCCUCGUCCUACUCCUCAGUAUCCGGCCAUACAACUCCUUCACAGGCCUCCUAUGGCGCUGGGUUUGGCGGUGCUUCCAACCCUUCUUCGCAGGCUUAUCCCGGCGGUGGCUAUGGCGGAUUUGGAUCUCCAGCUGCAGGUGUGAGUGGAAGAAUGGGUGAACAGGGUGGCCUGCGGACUGGCUGGUUAGCUGCGUUUGGCGCAGAGGGAUACGAUGGAGAGCCAUCUUUGCAGGAGGAGCUGGGAAUAAAUCUGGGACAUAUCAAAACUAAGACUCUUACUGUCCUCAACCCCUUCGCCUCGAUCGAUAACCACUUGAUGGACGACAGCGACCUCUACGGCGCACUCCUCUACGUCUUCCUCUACGGCCUCUUCCUCCUCUUAUCCGGGAAAGUCUUCUACGGCUACAUCUACGGUGUCGCUGUUUUUGGCACCGUCUCCUUACAUCUGAUCCUAAGUCUCAUGUCCCCCGUCCUCGAUACAGCCUCAACCCCAAAUGCCGCCGAUCCCAGCAACUAUAACCCGCACCACAAGCCCUCCAUGUCCGGAGCCUCUACCGCUGGCCAUUUCUCUGCAACCUUGACUUUCCCCCGCUCAGCCAGCGUUCUGGGAUACUGCUUCCUUCCACUCGUGUUGACUGCUCUGAUUGGUGUCCUGCUCCCUAUGGAUACCCUGUUUGGAUACCUUUUGACAACCGCUGCAGUGGGUUGGUGCACAUACAGCUCGUCCGGGAUGUUCUGUGCCGUGGCUCGUAUGAGUGGUAUGCGUGGACUGGUGGCUUAUCCUUUGGCUUUGUUCUAUGUUGUCUUUGGAAUUAUGGGUAUUUUCUCCUCGCGAGGAACUGGCACUCUGGCUGCUAAAACCGGUGCUGCUUAG